ACCAAAAACAGACACAGUCACAACCAUACCUAACACACUCUCCCGUGCAGUGUGGUUGUACCAGAAAAACUGAACAGAGACAAAAUAUGGAUGCAGAGAAAACAGAAGAAUGAAGAUAAGAGCAGAAGAGGAUUGAAAGAAAGAAGACCUAAUAGUAGAAGAAGAAGAAGAAAUACUAUGACGGGAGCAGAAACCAGAGUGAAAGGAUAAAAAGGAGAGCUGUGAAGAGAGGGAUCCUGUACUAACACGGCACAGGACAGUAUAGAAGUGUGACUGUCGUGGUGCAGAAUGGGCAAUUCUUCAUCCCCAGGCAUGUCAACUCUAUCUCCGUGCAUACUGUAGUUACUGCAGGUCGGGAGAGAAGAAAGGGUCACAAGACCUCCGCUGGGGAUGCCGAGUUCCCACGGGAGUACCACACCCUGGGCCACGGUGGCACGCGUCGUUUCCCUGACAACAACAACGGGGGGCAGGCGCCCACCUCGGGGGACCGCCAACGCCACAACGACGUCGCUGCCAAGAGCCUGGAGGCCCUUACGAACCUUCACAAGGCUGACAUAGAGCGCCAGCGCGAAGCCUUCAUGGACCUCCAAAAGAAGCAGAAGUACCCGGCCAGCCCCUGUAUGUCUCAGGGCCAGGGCUCACCUAACUGUGGCCGCCAACAGCAGCAACAGCCAAACUACUGGAGCUUCAAGGCCCGUACCCCCCGUGUGAUCCGGUCCAACCCCAACCAGCCGGCUCUAGCCGACCAGGCCAGCAGAGUAUCCUUUGCCUCGGCUGAGAGUCUGGAAACCAUGUCUGAGGCUGAAGUUCCCCUCGGGUUCAACCGCAUGAACCGCCUCCGCCAGAGCCUGCCCCUGGCGCGCUCAUCCAGCCAGGCCAAGCUCCGCGCGCCAGGCAUUCUCUUCCUCCAGCUGGGGGAGGAGAUGAGGAGGGUGCACCUGACCCAUGAGCUGACCAGCCUGGAGACCCUGAGGGCCCUCAUCGUCCACAUGUUCCCCCAGAGGCUCACCAUGGCAAUGCUCAGGUGCCCCAGCACGGCCCUGCUCAUCAAGGAUGAGGCCCGUAACGUCUUCUAUGAGCUGGAGGACCCACGAGACGUCCAGGACCGCUGUGUCAUCAAGAUCUACUGCAAGGAGCCUGUCUACGGCACCUACUCCGGUCACCACAACCCACACCUGGCCAACGGAGACCUCCGGAGGGAUAUGGUGUACACGCCCCAGCAGGAUUCCCCGCCCAACCGUCGCCUCAGCAACGCCCCUGCCUCCUCCGCCUCUGCCCCCUCUGGCUCGCCGUCCCGCAUCCGUCUCCUCUACGGUGGGGGCCGCCCAUCCUCUUACGCUGGGCAACCUCACCCCCAGCAUCAUCCCCAAACCCACUCCCUCCCCCACCCCCAUCACUCCUCGCCAGGUGGCCAGAGUGCGGCCCACCACCAGCAUCACCCCCAGCAGCUCCACCACCAGCCCCAGCUACAGCACCACGCCCAGGCAGGUUUCUCCCCCAGUGCCAUCCUGGAGCGUAGGGAUGUUAAGCCCGAUGAGGAGGUCCACGGCACUGGCUCCAGGAGCAUGGUGCUCCUGCGGGGCGAUGCAGGGGGGAUCUAUGCCGACCCCUAUUCCCUGGGCCAGGAAGGAGGCCGCCUCAGCCUGGCGGGCCCCCACUCAUCUCUACCCCCGAGAGGGGACGCCUACGGCUCUCUCUACCGGCGUGGAGGAGGCGGAGGGGGCGGAGGAGGGUUGGGACCUGGCUCCGUGCGGUCCCUCACUUCCUACUCGGCGGCGGCUCUGCAAGGAGAGCUGAUGGACAGUGGCGUCCUCUACAGACCUGGAGGCCCACUGUAUAAUGAUGCAGCCUACGCCGCGUCCAUGUUGGCCAUGGGCUUCCGGCUGCCAACCCCCUCGUCUCCGCAGAAAAUUCCCGAAAUGAGGGACUCGUAUUCAGGCACCAUGCCCGGCCGGGGCUCCCCUGGGAGGCAGACCCUGCGGAGGGACUCAGUAUCCUCCUCCGUGUUCGGGGAGAGUCCCAAAGCUAGGGGUCAGGGGUCAGGGUUGGGAUCUGAUCAGCUGUGCUUAAUGGCUGGACCUGGAGGGGAGGGCGGUGGUUUCAGUUCACCUCUACCAGGCAAUGAGACAGAGACCAGGGGGCGCAUGGAGGCCAUGGAGAAACAGAUAGCCAGUCUGACUGGUCUACUGCAGACUGUUCUGACCAGGGGACCAGAGGCCGAGAGCCCGGACAAGAUUGAGACGGCCAAUGACUGCUCUGAGACAGACACUGGACGGUUAAAAAACAAGAAAGCCCUGACACCGUCGGCUCCGUUGGCCCUGAUGCCGCCACCACUCAUAGGGUCCUCCCAGCCACUGACGGUGUCGCGGCUGCAGAUGCAGAUCCACCUGCAUGGCCUGCAGCAGAACACCAGCGAGCUGCGCAAACAACUGUCCCAGCUGCGCAACAUCCAGUUAGAGAACCAGGACUCAGUACAGUCCCUGCUGAGGCAGACCGAGUCGGAGCUGAGCCUUAUGAUGCUGGACGCCAUGCGGACCCAGGAGGACCCUUUGCAGAGGCAGCGCCUCCUAGUGGAGGAGGAGAGACUCAAGUACCUCAACCAGGAAGAGCUGCUCAUCCAGCAACUGCAUGAUCUGGAGAAGUCAGUGGAGGAACUGCAGAGGAACUUGUCAGUCAACCACGGCCUGGUGACUGAGCAGGAAGUGGAGCAGAAGAGUAUGGAGCUAAGGUCUUUGGGAGAGACCCUCACAGAGCUCAAGAACCAGUUCCCCAGUCUGCAGAGUAAGAUGCGCGUGGUGUUGAGGGUGGAAGUGGAGGCUGUGAAGUUCCUGAAGGAGGAGCCACACAGACUGGACGCACUGCUGAAACGCUGUAACACCAUGACCGACACACUGACCACACUACGCAGUGUAUUGUAUGCCACCUGUAUGUACAGAAAAGUGACCGAGGGCCUGUGGAAAGGCCAGGAUGACAUCUCCAGCCAGUCAGCCAAGCGAACGGAGCACACAGGAAAGAGCUUGGACCUCGACAUACUGACCAGUCCACCACUCAGCCUCAAUGACCUGGGUGGCAGUGGCAGCCUUGCCAACUGGAUGCCCGUAUCAGGCAGUGACCCAGAUGCUUCGGGACCUGAGCAGGACCCCCACCCUACGGCCAGCUACAGAAGCCGGGUCCUGGACGAGCUGCCGAGCCGUCGCGGUGCUGGCAAAUCAGUGUCCGCGGAGGUCAGACUGGCUGCAGAGCGGGACUGGGAGGAGAAGCGAGCUAGUCUGACCCAGUUCAGUGCCCAGGACAUCAACCGUCUGCUGGAGGAGACCCAGGCUGAGCUGAUGAAGGCCAUCCCAGACCUAGACUUUGCUGCCAGGCAGAUCAACAAGCCUGCUGUGCCCCCCAAACCCCACCCCAAACCUCAGUUUACCACCCCUAUCACUACCUCCACCACCACCUCCACCACCACUAGCGCAACCACCGCUACCAGUACUGAGCACCAGCCCAACAUGGUGCAGGUCACUGCCCAGAAGCUGGAGGGGGGCUCACGUUGCGGAUCUGCAGAGCUGACCGUUACCAGGUAUCGCACUGAGAAACCCUCUAAGUCUCCGCCUCCACCCCCUCCUCGCCGCAGCUUCCCAUCAGCCCAUGGGCUCACCACCAAUAGCACUGGAGAAGUGAUCGUCACCACCAAGAAGAAGCUGGAGCCAGAAGACGUCGAGGCUCCGAAGACUCUAGUCAAGCUGAGAAGGACGCCGUCUGAUACCCCCCGCCCCACCUCCACUCCCCCCGUCAUCGCCGCCUCAGCGAUUAAAGAUGAGGACGACGAAGAGAGGAUCAUUGCUGACCUAGAGAUAUUUCAGCGAACCACUGUCAAAGUGUCCCCUCCCCACUCACUGCCCAGCACGCUACCGAGGCCUACUCCUGCAGCCCGUACCCUUCCUUGCGCCUCAGGCUUCCUGGGAAGAAAGAAUGCCAGCAACUCACCAGGGGGAUCCAAGGGACCCCAGUCAACUGUAGCGGCUAGACUGAAGAACCUCCAACAAGGCAGCCUCGAGAGGCCCAAGACCAGGAAGCAGAGAGAGGACUUCCCCAAGAUCCAGGGCCAGCAGCAGGUAUUCCACUUCUAGAAUGCCCCUCGGGGGAGUAGCCCUCUUCAGAACAGCUCUGGUGGCCUUUGACAUUGACAACUGCCCCAUCUCACAGCUGUCUGGGCAACUACUGGGUUCUUUUAGGACUAUACUGGGAUGUCAGGUGACGAGAAAAGGGUUGGGCUCAUCGGAAAUCACCAAUGUUGGUUGUUAUAUUAUUUGACUUUGAGCUGUGGUUGGAUCCAAAAUGGAUUGUGUACUGAGCGUGCUCUAUCCCAUUGGGCUGGCAUUGAUGUUUCUGAGGAGGGUAAAGGUCAUGGAGGUAUUGUGCACUUAACAAGCUAAGUGGCACCUAAACUGCACUUCUCGAUUAUGCCAUGGAAUAGUUUAACAUGUCAAUGCCGAACCCCUGACUUUUCACCAAGUAGAUGAUGAUCCUACAGUACCACGGUUGUCUGACUAUGCUUCCUUUAUGUGAACCGCUGAAUCAUUCUGUCUCCAGCUGAGUCAUUUAAACCACAGUCUAAAAGUGAGAGUGUCAGGAGAUGGAAAAGUAAUACUUCUCUGAAUAUUUGCCCUUUUUUUCCCCUCGGCGGAGAUGAGAAUAUGGAAAAGGUAGGAUAAGAGAAAGAAAGACGGUAGGAACGACAAAAGACAGACAGAAAUAACGAAAGGCAGAACAAAAAAAGCUAAGUGCAUCACACCUCCAACGUUUCUCUGGAGCAAAUACAGUACCAGUCAUAAGUUUGGACACACCUACUCAUUCCAGGGUUUUUCUUUAUUUGUACUAUUUUCUACAUGAAAUAACACAUGGAAUCAUGUUGUAACCGAAAAAUUGUUAAACAAAUAAAUAUUUUAUAUUUGAGAUUUUUCAAAGUAGCCACCCUUUUCCUUGAUAACAGCUUUGCA